AUGGUGAUGCUCCGCCUGACCGCCGAGCAGUACCGGACGCUGCCCAUUCUGGUAGACGAGAAUACAUGCAUCGGCAAAACCUAUGUCAUCACGGGUGGAAACGGCGGCCUGGGCCUCGAGACGGCGCGACACCUGGUCGCGGCGUCAGCCGAAUGCGUUGUGCUGGCGGUGCGGAACCUCAAGGCGGGCGAGGCUGCCAAAAGUGAUAUUGAGAAGACGACUGGCCGCAAGGGGAUUGUCCAGGUACGGCAUAUAGACAUGUCAACCUACGCGUCCGUCCAGAACUUCGUGAAGAAAUUAGCAGAGGAAUUUGACAGGGUUGACGGUUUCAUCUGCAAUGCCGGGAUCAUGAUCGACGCGUGGUCGCAGUCCGAAGGCAUGGAGACGAGCAUAUUCGUCAAUGUCAUUAACACUGUGUUCCUCGGCGCUCUCAUGAUGCCCAAACUCAAAGAGUGUGCCAGGAAGUUCAACAUCAAGCCCACUCUCGUUUUUAUCGUCAGUGUUCUUGGAUACACUGUCAAGAGCGAAAUGGAUAAGAGCUGCAACGGCGCCAUCCUUGACGGGCUUAACGACCAGAAGCGGGCCAACAUGGACUCGAGAUAUGCUCUCAGUAAGCUCGUCGAAGAGUGCGCCGUACGCCAGUUUGCAGCCCUCUGCCCUGUCGAGCACACAGGCGUCGUCAUCACCAUGGUCGCUCCAGGUCUUUGUACCACCGGCCUGGGCCGCGAUGCACGGACUUUCACCAAAAUUAUGCACGAGGCGGUCCGGGCCAUGAUGGCCCGAACCGCAGAGGUUGGCAGUCGUACCUUCCUACACGGGCUGGUGGUGGGCGAAGAGGGCCACGGCAAGCUGCUUUCCGGCUGUAAGAUCAAGGAGUUUUGGGUGCCCACGUGGCUUUCCAACGAGGAGGGCCUGAAGCUGCAGAAGGGCAUCUGGAGUGAGAUCGUUGCCAAGCUAGAAUCUGUGCAGCCGGGCUGCAUCUCACAGCUGAAGUAG